UCUCACACAUUGGCUCAGUUCAGCAGGAACCGGAGUCACGUCAACACACAACGUUUUGUCCUGAAUGCCGAGCCAAUGAUCUGUGGUCACAUUCAGGGAGGAAAAGUACAGGGAUCAUGUGGGAUCUCAUUUGGUUAGUUAGCAUAAUACUAGUUAAGUUAGCAAAAUGUUUUUAUUUUCUUCAAAAGUUCUCUAAGUACUUCUUUGUUUGGUAGAUGUUGUCCAUACAGUACUGUAUUAUAUAUUUCAGGUUAAUAUAUCAUAAGAUUGUGAGCUCUCUAAGAUAAUUCACACUUAAAAGAUUAUCUAAACGUUAUUCAAAUAAAUAAAAUAAUACAAAAACUAGAUAUUUUCCCACAAAUUGCUCUUGCUAUUUAACCUAAGACAAUGUGUUUAAACAAAGACAUAUUUGAAGUAAUUUAUAUACCAAACCUGGCCUAAUAUUCUCCUCUUGCUACAAUAAAUACAAUGAAUAUUUUCUAUCAAGAACAUAGGCUAUGUAUAGUAGGCCUAUGUAUCGUACAAAAUCAAUGUUCAACAUCACUCGAGGCGCUACAUAUAAGGCCAUUUAUAUAUCUCUACUAGGGGGUGUAAACUGGUUAUUGUUUUUUUUUUUAUUAAUAAGGGAAUCAAUUUAUGGAGGAAAAAUAUCAAAAAAAGGUAAUGACGUAGUAAUGAUGUAGUACUAGUUUCCCUCCUGUAGAGGGCGGGCGUGUUCCUAAAGGGUGCCACACGAAGAAGAGAAGAAGAGAAUGCGGAACAACAACAAGAACACUUCGGUAACGUGCUCGGUGCAGAAAAUAAAGAUUUAAAUAUACAUUACAGCGUGAAGUUACUCACAAACAUGUCCAAUCUGGAGACUUUAGAGACUCAGAUAUGUGCUCUAAUGGACACCGUGGUGGAGGAAGCGGUGGCGGAGCUCGGCAGACUCCUGGCCGCUCAGCAGUGCUCUUCCCCGGCUAUAGUCUGUGCCGUGAAGAGCGAGGAGGAAGAGCGCGAGGUGACUCCGCGGGGGGGGAGACACCUGUGUGAUAACACUAUAACGAACCAGUUUGCAUCCCUCAUGGAGGCACGGACCAGAGCUGCUGUAGAGAAGAUCCUGACGCUGCUGAAAGUGUCUCUGUGUGAAGCGGCAGAGCAGAGGGCUGGGAGGAAGGACGAGAAGAAGCAGAAAAAUAACAAGAAGCGGAAAGCAGGGCAAGUGGCUGCGCCCAAAAAGCCAGAUUCAGACACACAUGAGAGUAACUCUGGGACCCCGUCUGAACCUGGAGCAGCCUCCGAGCCGGAGGUAACAGAGCAAGAGGUAACAGAGCAAGAGGUAACAGAGCAAGAGGUAACACAGCCGGAGGUAACAGAGCAAGAGGUAACAGAGCAAGAGGUAACAGAGCAAGAGGUAACAGAGCCGGAGGUAACAGAGCAAGAGGUAACACAGCCGGAGGUAACAGAGCAAGACGUCGUCCAGGAAGAUACCGGCCCUUCAACUAUCAAACCCACCAAGAAGAGCACAGGGCCUUUCAAAUGUCCUUCUUGUGACAAACAAUUCCGUCUGAAGUGUUGGAUGGACCGUCACUACCGGACUCACUCCAAACCUCACCUUUGCUCCGAGUGCGGCAAGGGAUUCGCCGACCAAAGGAUGCUCAUCGCACACUCGAGAAAACACACCGGAGAAAAGCCUUACGAAUGUUCAGACUGCGGGACUGAGUUCGCUUACAAAAGCACCUUCAAAAGACACAUGCUUAACCACAGCCUGAAGGAGCACAGCCUGAAGGAGACGAGCUUCCACACGUGCUCGCUGUGUGAAAAGCAGUUUGAGGGGCUCGUGACGUUUCAGCGGCACAGGUGCUGCGCCUUGAAAAAGACGUUCAACUGCUCGCUUUGCCUGGAGACGUUUACGUGCAGCCAGAGUUUGGUCGAUCACGAGCAGCUGCAUCCAGGCGCCAGAUAUUACGUGUGCGAGGUUUGCGGCGAGCGUUUCUUCUCCACCUCGUCUCUGGCCACACACCGGGUGACUCAUGCGGAAAGGAGAAAAUGCUGCGAGGAGCUCGGCCUAGGAACCAGCGACCCGAGCGUCCUGAAGAAUCACCUGAGCAAACACACCGGAGAAAAGCUCUUCUCCUGCCAGGUGUGCGGUAAAGGCUGCAGUCACCAGUGCGCCCUGAAUCACCACAUGCUAACACACACUGGGGACAAACCGUAUGUCUGCGAGACCUGCGGGAAACGCUGCGGCCACUCCAGUGCGCUCGUGAACCACAUGAGGGUCCACACGGGGAAGAAACCAGGGAAGCCUGUGUGUAAUAUCUGCGGCAAAACAUUCGUCCGCUCGGUCAAACUGAAGUACCACAUGAGCGUUCACACGGGGGAGAAGCCUUACGCCUGCGACCUGUGUGAUAAAAAGUUCAGCAACCCCAGCAAUCUCAAGACACACAUGAAUAUUCACUCGGGAGAGAAACCGUACGGCUGCAACAUCUGCGGCAAGAGGUUCGCUCAAUCCGUAGGCCUCAAGCUGCACUGGCGGGUGCACACAGGAGAGGAGCCGUACUGCUGCUCAACCUGCGGGCAACGAUUCAUGUUCAGCGGCAAUUUCAGGAAACACGAGAGGGCUCACCUGCAAAAAGAGCCAGGAGAUGGACAGUCUGAAAAAACUACAGUGUAAAUAUGAAAAAUGUCAUUGCUGAAUAUUAAAGGGGCCCCAUUAUGCUCUUUUUCAGGUUUACAUUUGUGUUUGGUGCCUAGUCUACUGUGACAUGUUUCCAGAUUUAAUGGUUCAAAAAAUGUAUUCGUCAAUAGUAUCAGAAUUCCGGAAAUACACUUAUCUGCUUUCUUGCAGAGUUAGACGAGAGGAGCAAAACCACUCUUGUUUCUCUACAGUAAAUAUGAUGUUACAGCCAGCAGCUACUUACAUUAGCAAAAAGUCUGGAAACAGGAAAACAUCUAUCUUCGCUCUGUCCAAAAGGAACAUUAUUUUGUACAGACAAUAUACAACAAGUUCAUGCUUACCAAAAAAGUUGUUUUUUUACAUACGGAGAGGCUUAGUGGUCAUAUUUUUAAUAAGAUAGGAUCAUGUCUGCUAGCUCCAACCUCCUUUUUAACAGAGAUAAAGCAAGAAAGUGGAUUAUCUUGUUUUUUCUCAAGAUGUCAAAACUUGUUGUCAUGGAUAUUGGAGCAGAUGGACCCAAACACAGGAGUCAGGUCCAACAACAGGAUACUUGAAUAGAAUAACUUGUUAUGCAUGGUCUGUGCUGGCAGGACCAAGCAGAACCAAACCAAAGACUGAACAGAACCAAACCAAGAAGAGUUGAAGGGCAGGUGGAGAGAUGGGUGGAGAUUAAGCUCAGGUGGGAGGAUGAGGUGAUUAGUCAGGAGAGCAGGGAAGGAGCUGAUUGGCUGGGAGAAAACUAGGAGCAGGAAACGAGGCUGAUUCACAGCAGGUGUGUGAGGGAAAACACAGCAAACAGAUCAAAUAAUUUAGACAAAAAGGCAAAGCUUAGACCUUCAUUAUCUGACAGAAAAAUAUGUUUUUAAUACAAAUUAUUUCUGAUGCAAUGAUGUUCAAUUUAAUGAAAAUACAUAUCUUGAAAAAUGUUUUUUAUUGACAUUAAACUGAGCUCAAUAAAAACGUUUUUUUUAAAUGUGACAUACGAUACGAUAAUACUUUAUUUGUCAGAUCAAGUCUGAAAUUUGACUUGCGUCACAGCAGCUCCAUGUCCAACAUC